AUGAUAUGGGUUGUUACACAAGGCCAAUAUUGCCAGAACCUCAAACCGCUAUUGGAUUCCCUAGUGUUGGUGUCAACACAGAAGGGCUUCGUCGCGACUACACAAAACACAUUCACGGGCACAUUCCAAUGUAGAGGGGACCUCUCCAACGCCGAAUGCUACAACUACGUCAGCAAGAUUCCAAACAUGUUGGGGCACCUUUGUGGUGGCGGCACUGGUGCAGCUGAGCGAGUGCUACCUAUGGUACGAGGUGGUCAGGUGAGGAGGGAUGUAGCGUUUGGGAUGAUGGAGAACAACAUGCAAAAUAACAAAAAUUUGUUCUACACAGGGAGUUACCAGAGCCUCUAUGUGUUGGGGCAGUGCGAGGGUAUUUUGGGAAAUGCGGAUUGUGGAGGUUGUAUCAAGAGUGUUAUGGAACUGGCUUCAUCUUGCUCGCCGCCACUACACGAAUCUAUUCCACAUUCCGCCUAG